AUGUCCUCAACAUUUAGCAUAUUGAAGAAAUAUGCUUCGUUUAUCGGGCCAGGUAUAAUGGUCUCUGUUGCAUAUAUGGAUCCUGGUAAUUACUCGACGGCAGUAUCGUCAGGAGCCAUGUAUGAGUACAAGCUCCUUUUUGUAGUAUUCAUGUCCAAUAUAUUUGCAGUGAUAUUGCAGAGCUUGUGUGUGAAACUUGGAACAGUUACAGGACUUGACUUAGCAGAGAUGUGUCGUCUUCAUCUUCCCAAAUGGCUUAAUUUGGCUCUUUAUGUAGGGUCAGAGUUGGCGAUUGUUGCAACUGAUUUAGCUGAGGUUGUUGGAACUGCCAUUUCAUUAGAAAUUUUAUUUGGAAUCCCCUUAUUUUAUGGUGUCUUAGUUACCGUUUUCGAUGUCUUGAUAGUUCUUGUGGCAUAUAAUAGAGAUGGAAACAUGAAGCAGACGAGAUUAUUUGAGAUUAUGGUUACCAUUCUUGUUGCUUCAACAUGUUUCUGCUUUGUGUAUGAGUUGUUUAAAUGUGACUUUACCCCAGGUUCAUUCCAGAAGAUUGUGAAUGGAUUUCUCCCAGUCAAUCGUGCUAUCUUCAUUGAACCAACUGCAUUAUUUUUGAGUUGUGGUAUAGUUGGAAGCACUGUGAUGCCUCACUCUUUAUUCUUGGGUUCGGCUUUGGUACAAUCUAGAUUGAAAGAAUACGACAUUAAGAAUGGUCAUCUUGUUGAAGAUCCUCUUACUGAUGUUUUGCAAGAAGAACAAACAAGACAAGAAGCUGAAAUUCUUAGUUCCGAGAGCCCAAUGGUCGAAGGCUCACACAACGACAAGCGUUAUAGUAUCACUGACUCUAGCGCAUUACUCAGAAAGUAUAGACCUUCAUACCAAGCAAUCUCUUACUGUUUGAACUAUUCUUACACGGAAUUGGUUCUUUCUUUAUUUAUUAUAGCAGUCUUUGUUAAUUCUGCAAUUCUUAUCGUUGCUGGAAGCACACUUUAUAGAAAGCCAGACGCUGAAGAGGCAGAUCUAUUAUCCAUUUAUGAGAUGUUAUCUUAUUAUAUUUCUCCAGCAGCAGGAAUUAUUUUUGCCCUUUCUAUGCUUUUUUCAGGACAGAGUGCUGGAAUUGUAUGUACUAUGGCAGGACAAAUUGUUUCUGAAGGAUUUAUUAAUUGGUCUUUCCAACCAUGGAUCAGAAGAAUUAUUACAAGAGCUAUUGCAAUUGUCCCUGUGCUUAUUGUCAUCAGCAUUUUAGGUAGAGAAGGUGUUUCAAAAAUCAUGAACUCUUCACAGGUUGUAUUGAGUUUCAUCUUGCCCUUGGUUAGUGCACCAUUGAUUUGGUUUACAUGUAGCAAGAAGUACAUGACAGUUCCAGCCAGAGCGGGCGAAGUAGACGAAAAUACCUCACUUUUAGAAGGUAAUACCCAUACGAUAGAGUCUAAUGUAAGCUACGAAAACGGAAUCUUUUUAACUGUGUCAAGUAUUUUGACUUGGCUCAUCAUAUCAUGUUUGAAUUUUUACUUGAUUAUCGCGUUCUUGAAUGGUGCUGAUAUCUAG